GUGGCGGGUUGGGCUAGCGCCGAUCUUUGCCGAGUGUAUCCGACAACAUCCGGAAGUGUGACCAAUGUACUGUACAGCAGUUAAGGCAGCGGCUCGGCAUAUCCCACACACGAGCUCUUUAACGGUUAGUUACAAAUCUGGCCACCAGUUUGAGUUGUUUCAUCCGCCACCAUGUCAGUUUUGUGCUAUAAUAAGGGAUGUGGACAGAGGUUUGAUCCAGAAAAUAACCCAGAAGAUGGCUGCACCUAUCAUCCGGGAGUCCCAGUAUUCCAUGAUGCACUGAAGGGAUGGUCCUGCUGCAAGAGAAGAACAACUGACUUCUCAGACUUCCUCAGCAUUGUUGGCUGUACAAAAGGUCCCCACAACAAAGAGAAGCCCCCUGAGCCGGUUAAGCCAGAUGUGACCUCAUCGGGAGAAAAGAAAGAGGCAGAUGACCAAAAACCAAAGUUUAACGAGUACAUCAUCUCCGCACCUAAGCCUCAGGAGGCAAUACGCAGACCGAGUGCUGAUGAGCCAAUGGUCAGAUUGCAGCAUAAAGUUUCUGCUUCUCUGAAGCAGGCUCUGGAGAAAUUGAAGCUGUCUGAAAAUGCAGAGGAGACGAAAGAGGAGGAUAGUGACGAGAUCAAGAUUGGAACAUCCUGUAAAAAUGGAGGAUGUACUAAAAGUUUUGAAGGACCUGCAAGUGAUUCUGAUGUGUGCUUAUACCACUCUGGAUUUCCUAUCUUCCAUGAAGGGAUGAAAUACUGGAGCUGCUGUAAAAGGAAAACCUCCGACUUUAACACCUUCCUCUCUCAAGAGGGCUGCACCAAGGGAACACAUCUAUGGAGGAAGAAAGAUGAGGGUAAGAAAGUGGUUCCGUGUCGGUUUGACUGGCACCAGACGGGGACACAGGUCAUCAUCUCUAUCUACGCCAAGAACGCCGUCCCGGAGCUGAGCUACGUGGAUGCAAACAGCACCACGCUCAACAUACAUGUUAUAUUUGAGGGAGAGAAGGAAUUUGAGCAGAAAAUCAGCUUGUGGGGAGUGAUAGAUGUGAGUAAAAGUAUAGUGAACAUGAUGGCAGCCAAGAUCGAGGUAGCAAUGAAGAAGUCCGAGGCCAUGUCAUGGGCUCGUCUGGACCUUCCUCCCCCUGUCAUCCCACCCAAGGAGAACGAGAAGAAAAAAGAAGAAACUGAUAGUGAAGAUGAAGAUGAAGACGAAUGAUAAGGACUUACUCUAAAAACAUAGUGUGUAUCUUUAGCUGAAUCCAAGGCUACACAGUCCAUUUUUUUUACCUCUUUAAAGAGUUGCCUCUUUUGCUGUCAUGGACCUUUGGCCUCUACUCCUCAACAUUUACGCCCACAACUAAGAAUGCUCAAUAGUCAACUUACUUGAUUUUUGCCUCUUUUUUUUCUCAAUUUUUGUUCUUUUUUUCUGGUGAUUAUAUGGGUUGUUAUGCUAAAAAAUCUUAAAGUAUUUUUUACAACAGUUUUUCACUCAAGGAACCCUGAUUUUUAAUAGACUUUCAAUCAAGUCAGACGAUGACACACUUGUUAACUGCACUGAGGAACAUCACACAAUAAGAUAGGAGUCAGGUGUGAACAUGUUUAAUUUCACACCCUUAAACCCUUAAUGUGUCCUUUCAUGUGGACUGCUUGCAUCAAGUCAUCCUAAUGGACCACAGUUGUGACCAUCUUCUAUCUCAAGAACGUUUGGUAAAAGAUAAUUCCAUCUGUACAUUUCCAUAUGUUUCUUUCAUACUCAGCAAAUUUUAAGUGGUAUACUUGCAAUUGUUUAUAUAUAUAUAUAUUUUCCAUUCCAUCCUUAGGUUUCAUAAAUUGUAUAAAUUAUUGUAUUGUUUUGUCCACCAGUAUCACACCAGACUAAAUGCUCUAUUCAUAGAUACGUAUGUACCUGUAUUUUUGGGAAGCUGAAGCUGACAUUUGGAUCUCUAAAAUGUCCACACUUGUAUCGUAUGGAGUUUAUUCUGAAUAAACUGUGUAAUAAGAAAUACA